AUGGGGCGAGCAGCGUCACCAGCACUCUCGGAGAACGAGGUUGACAUUACGAGAAGUUUGUUCGCGGACGGCGGCUUCGGGAGCGACUCUGAGGUAGAAGAGAUUGCGGCAGCAACCAAAGGACCCGCGAUCGAUGACAUUCUCAGUGAAGAUGGAGAGGAAGACGAAGCCUUCAUUGCGGCUACGCAAGUCGCGGCCAAUCGACGCAACGAAAACAAAACCGCGAAGAAAGCCGGCGCAUUCCAGACCAUGGGCCUGAACGCCAAUCUCCUCAAAGCCAUCACACGCAAAGGCUUCUCCGUGCCUACACCGAUUCAGCGCAAAACGAUUCCAUUGAUUCUGGACGGUCAAGAUGUGGUUGGAAUGGCGAGAACUGGGUCGGGAAAGACCGCGGCAUUCGUAAUACCCAUGAUCGAGAAGCUCAAAUCGCACAGCGCAAAGGUGGGAGCCAGGGCAAUAGUCCUUUCGCCCUCGCGAGAACUUGCGCUGCAAACUUUGAAGGUGGUAAAAGAGAUGGGUAAAGGAACAGAUCUACGAACUACACUGCUUGUGGGAGGAGACAGCCUGGAAGAGCAAUUUCGUAGCAUGGCCAGCAACCCGGACAUUAUUAUUGCAACACCUGGACGCUUUGAGCAUCUGAAGGUCGAAAUGGGUCUGGAGCUGUCAAGUGUGAAGUACGUCGUGUUCGACGAAGCGGAUCGACUGUUUGAAAUGGGUUUCGCGGCUCAGCUCACAGAGAUCAUGCAUUCUCUACCUUCGAACAGACAGACGCUGCUUUUCUCCGCUACCCUACCGAAGUCUCUUGUGGAAUUUGCUAGGGCAGGUCUCCAGGACCCUAAACUUGUCAGAUUGGACGCUGAGAGCAAGAUUGCGCCUGGGCUACAGAGUGCUUUCUUCACGGUAAAACGUGCAGACAAGGAGGGUGCGCUGUUGCACAUUCUGCAAGACGUGAUCAAAAUGCCCAUUGGGUCAACCGAGGCCGCCACUAAAGCGGAGGAACCGAAAUCUGGAAGUAACAAAAAGCGCAAGCGAGGCGCAGUUGGAGCCCCCGCAAAUGAAGCGCCAUCGACCCAUUCGACAGUUGUCUUUGCUGCGACCAAACAUCACGUUGAGUACCUAGCGAACUUCCUAAAAGCCUAUGGAUAUGCCACCUCGUACGUGUAUGGUUCGCUGGACCAGACAGCUCGGAAAUUGCAGGUAGAAGACUUCAGACGUGGAAUGACGAACAUUCUUGUAGUCACGGACGUUGCUGCGAGAGGUCUUGAUAUCCCAAUUCUGGCCAACGUCAUCAAUUACGACUUUCCGUCGCAGCCGAAGAUUUUUGUUCACCGCGUUGGCAGAACUGCGAGAGCUGGGAAGGAAGGCUGGAGUUACAGUCUAGUCACCCAGCAGGACAUGCCGUACUUGCUUGACUUGCAGCUAUUUCUCAGUCGAAGAAUAGUGAUUGGAAGAGGGGAGAAGGAACCCGGGAUGUUCAAGGAUAUGGUUGUCGUCGGAGCUCUGAAGCGCGACAGGGUGGAGGUAUAUUCAGAGGAGACCUUGAAGCUGAUCGGAGACGACAUUGAUCUUGCGUCAAUGCGUGAUGUCGCAGCGAAGGGCGAGAAACAGUAUCUCAGAACAAGGAACUCAGCAUCCGCGGAGAGUGUCAAACGGGCGAAAGUACUCUCCGAGAAGGAGGACAUUGCUGGUACAAACAUGCUGUUUGAUGCUGACAAGGAUGGCAAUGCCGAGCAGCAGAGGCUGGACAUGUUGGCACGAGUGAGCGGCUUCCGACCGCAAGAAACAGUGUUUGAAAUAGGCAAGCGGGGAGAAAAGAGCGCAGCAGCAGAAGUAAUGCGAAAGCGAAGGUCCAAGAUCGAGCCGAAGCAUCGUGUGAAGAAAGAGAAUGACAGUGACGCAGGAGAGGAAGUUACUGUUGGAGCGAAGCCUCAUGCUACAGAGGCAGAUGAGGACUCUGACGAGGAACUCAUAUUAACACAGCCCGGUGCAGACAUGGAAGAAGCCUCGGAUUCUGAACUUGAACUCACAUUUACGACACCCAAUGAAGACGCAUCCAAGCCCUCCAAGAUCUCUGGUAAAGACUCCGAGUUCUUCAUGUCAUAUACUCCGUCUACGAUGAACCUUGCCGAAGACCGCGGCUACGGCGUGCACUCUGGUGGGACGAACGCUCAUUUCCUCGAAGCUGCACGUGGAGCCACAAUGGAUCUUACCAACGAUGAAAAUGCCAAAGGAUUCGCGGAACCCAGCAAAGCUCGAGGAUUGCGAUGGGAUAAGAAGAGCAAGAAAUACGUUGCUCGCGCCAAUGACGAAGAUGGCUCCAAGGGACAAAAGAUGAUCGUUGGCGAGAGUGGACAGAAGAUUGCCGCUUCAUUCAAAUCCGGACGUUUCGAUGCAUGGAGGAAAGCGAAUCGCGUGGAGAGACUGCCAAAAGUUGGAGAGAUGGAGAGGAACGGAGUGCAUUAUGCCAAUAAUGAAGGGAAGAGGUUUAAGCAUAAACAAGAGCGGGCGCCGAAGGAGGCGGACAAGUAUCGCGACGACUACUAUAAACGCAAGAAGAAGGUGGACGCUGCGCGAGAGAAGAGAGUGGGCAGGUUUGCAGAAGGCAAGGGAAAGAAUGAGUUGAAAGGUGUAGAAGAUGUGAGGAAGGGCAGAAAGUUGCAGGAGAGAAGGAGGGACAAGAAUGCUAGGCCUAGUCGGAAGAGGUAG